UGGCUGAGCCCCGAGAAAGGCGUGAAGGGAUCUGGAACUCAUUCUCCCGGAGGAUUUCCUGGUCCCCCAACAAUGAAUCAAAGACAAGUCCAACUGGUCCUUCAGCACCGAGGAUAAAUAGGAUAAGCAGGAGCGGCUGAGCCCUGACUUUCACCGAGUUUCUCCCUUCCCGUCCUCUCGCCCCAGGAGGCGACUCGGAAGGGAUUUCAACAGCAACAGCCGCCUUUAGCGAGGCUGACUCCACCGUCAAAAAGGAGAGGAAGUUUCUCUCGAACGGGCAAUUCUCCGAACAGGGGUGCGAGGUAGCACCGCUUUCCGCGCAGGUGCGUUCGGUCGCCACCCAUCGCGAUAGGCGAGCGAGAUCGGCACUGGCCCUUUAACAGCCCCUUCCUGGAGGCCUGCCCCGCGCGUGCGCACUGUGGUUCUGCGCUUGUCAUCAUGGCGACACGGGGCCAUGUGCAGGACCCUAACGACAGGCGCCUCCGGCCCAUUUACGAUUAUCUUGAUAAUGGUAAUAAUAAAAUGGCAAUUCAACAAGCAGAUAAAUUAUUGAAGAAACAUAAGGAUCUUCAUUGUGCUAAGGUGUUAAAGGCCAUUGGAUUACAGAGAACUGGGAAGCAAGAGGAAGCCUUUACCUUGGCACAGGAGGUGGCAGCCCUUGAACCCACAGACGAUAACUCGCUGCAGGCACUGACUAUUCUUUACCGGGAGAUGCAUCGUCCGGAGUUAGUUACAAAACUUUAUGAGGCAGCUGUGAAGAAAGUUCCUAGUAGUGAGGAAUAUCACUCUCACCUCUUCAUGGCCUAUGCCAGAGUGGGCGAAUACAAGAAAAUGCAACAGGCUGGCAUGACUCUAUAUAAGAUUGUCCCCAAAAACCCUUACUACUUUUGGUCUGUGAUGAGCUUAAUUAUGCAAUCUAUAUCAGCACAGGAUGAAAACCUCUCAAAAACAAUGUUUCUGCCCCUUGCUGAGAGAAUGGUAGAAAAAAUGGUGAAAGAGGACAAGAUAGAAGCAGAGGCUGAAGUUGAACUUUAUUAUAUGAUCCUGGAGCGUUUGGGAAAGUACCAGGAAGCCUUAGAUGUCAUCAGAGGAAAAUUAGGAGAGAAGUUGACUAGUGAGAUUCAGAGCCGGGAAAAUAAAUGCAUGGCUAUGUACAAGAAGCUGAGCAGGUGGCCAGAGUGCAACGCCCUUUCCCGGCGCCUCUUAUUGAAAAACUCAGAUGACUGGCAAUUCUAUCUGACUUAUUUCGAUUCUGUCUUUCGACUGAUUGAAGAGGCCUGGACUCCUCCUGCUGAAGGUGAACACUCUUUAGAAGGAGAAGUACAUUAUUCUGCAGAAGAAGCUGUGAAGUUUAUAGAAGAUCGGAUAACAGAAGAAUCUAAAAGUUCUCGUCAUCUUCGAGGACCACAUCUAGCUAAACUGGAGCUAAUUAGACGUUUACGACGUCAAGGUUUUAAUGAUGAGUACAAACUGGGUGACCCAGAAGAAUUAAUGUUUCAGUAUUUUAAAAAGUUUGGGGAUAAACCUUGCUGUUUUACAGACCUCAAGGUGUUUGUUGAUCUCUUGCCUGCUGCACAGUGUACAAAAUUUAUUAAUCAGUUACUUGGAGUUGUUCCUUUGUCGACACCAACAGAGGAUAAGCUGGCACUGCCUGCUGACAUCAGAGCUCUGCAGCAACAUUUGUGUGUGGUGCAGCUGACGAGGUUACUAGGCUUGUACCACACGAUGGAUAAAAAUCAGAAAUUGAGUGUGGUCCGAGAACUGAUGUUAAGAUACCAGCAUGGACUAGAAUUUGGGAAAUCCUGUUUGAAAACCGAAUUGCAGUUUUCAGACUAUUACUGUCUCCUUGCUGUCCAUGUGCUUAUUGAUAUAUGGAGAGAAACAGGUGACGAGACUGCUGUGUGGCAGGCCUUGACUUCGCUGGAAGAGGGAUUAAUCCAUAGCCCUUCCAAUGCUCAAUUCAAAUUGCUGCUCGUUCGAAUCUACUGUAUGCUGGGAGCAUUUGAACCUGUGUUGGAUCUGUACUCCAGCCUUGAUGCUAAGCAUAUCCAGCAUGAUACCAUUGGUUAUCUUUUGACCCGAUACGCUGAAUCCCUAGGUCAGUAUGCUGCUGCAUCCCAAUCCUGUAACUUCGCACUCAGGUUUUUCCACUCCAACCAGAAAGAUACCUCAGAAUAUAUUAUUCAAGCUUACAAAUAUGGUGCAUUUGAGAAGAUCCCAGAGUUUAUCGCUUUUAGGAACAGGCUGAAUAAUUCUCUUCAUUUUGCACAAGUCCGUACUGAACGGAUGUUGUUAGACCUUCUACUUGAAGCAAAUAUAUCAAUCAGCUUAGCAGAAAGUAUAAAGUCGAUGAAUCUUCGGCCAGAAGAAGACGACAUUCCAUGGGAAGCCUUGCGAGACAACAGAGACUUAAAUGUUUUCUUCAGCUGGGAUCCAAAAGAUAGGGAUGUUUCUGAAGAGCAUAAGAAACUUUCCUUGGAGGAGGAGACCAUGUGGUUAAGAAUCCGUUCCUUAACAUUGAGGCUGAUCAGUGGACUCCCAAGUCUUAACCACCCUGUGGAACCAAAGAACUCGGAGAAGACCACUGAGAACGGUGUAGCCUCCAGGGUUGAUAUUCUUCGUUUGCUCCUUCAACAGCUGGAGUUGGCCCUGGAGACAGGAAAGCGAUUUAUUGAGAAGGAAAUUCAGUAUCCUUUCCUUGGUCCUGUGCCUACCAGAAUGGGUGGAUUCCUUAAUUCUGGCUGUUCUCAGUGUCAGACCAGUUCUUUUUAUCUUGUUUGUGAUAUUUAUGAGCUGGAUACCAAUGGUUUAGAGGAUACAGUAGAGAUCCAGGAGCGAGUAGAGAAUAUUCUUAAGUCUUUACUAGAACAGUUAAAAGAUGUCUUCAGUAAAUGUAAAGGUGAUCUAUUAGAAAUUAAAGAUGGUAACUUGAAAACACACCCUACUCUUUUAGAAAAUCUAGUCUUCUUUGUUGAGACUAUUUCUAUUAUUCUGUGGGUGUCCAGUUACUGUGAGAGUGUCCUGCGACCAUACAAAUUAAAUUUACAGAAAAAGAAAAAGAAGAAAAAAGAAACCAGCAUCAUCAUGCCACCUGUCUUUACCAGUUUUCAAGACUAUGUUACUGGGCUUCAGACUUUAAUUUCCAAUGUUGUGGAUCAUAUUAAAGGGCUCGAAACACAUCUAAUUGCACUUAAACUUGAAGAACUUAUUUUAGAAGACACUUCUCUCUCAUUGGAAGAGAGAAAGUUUUCAAAGACUGUGCAAGGGAAGGUGCAAAGCAGUUAUCUGCACUCACUUCUGGAAAUUGGGGAGCUGCUGAAAAAAAGACUUGAGACCACAAAGAAACUAAAAAUUUAAGGAAGUGUGAACCAUAGGCACUGAUGAUGCUAUGGCAGAAAAUGAUAUCAUCUUCCCAGGCAAAAAUCUUUAUGGUUGACCAUCAUUUGAAUCCAGAACUUCCUCAUAAAAUGCAUGAAGGACUUUGAUCGUGAAUUAAUUUUUUAGGUAUUAAAUGUAUACAACUGAUUAAAUUAUUGUACAUAUACCGGAAGCGGGACCCUCAUCUGGGUUUGACCACUUUUUUAUACAUGUUCAUAUGCAUAUGGCAGCCACAAGAGAACCCCACUUUUCUUCUGCCCUUCUCUCACCAGAAACAUCUGGUGGAGGAGGGUCCUAUAAAAGCAGUGAUAGAAAUUAAGCAUAAAGCGUUGAUGUCAGAGCAGCUGAAUGACCCUGCCAUUACAGCAGUGGACAUUUUGAUCUGGUCUUUGAGCCCUUAGGAAGCAGAAAGGAGAAGUAUAGGGGGACCAUAACUGGGAGCAGGCCCUCUUUCCACAUUAGCAGUUUGGUUUUGAGGCUUCUGCAGCUGCUUGGCCCCUACAGAACCCAAGGCAGGUACCCAAAGGGCCUCAGAUGAAAUUUGGCAUAAGCACCUGCCACUGGAGGGCACCACUCAGACAACUACAGGUGCUCAUUUCUGGCUGAAUAGUCCUGUUAGUCAAGGCAUCCCCAUCCUCGCUCGGGUGAGAGUUAGAUUGCAGGUAGGCUUCUAAGGCUUCUGUUACCUUGCAGCUGUUUGGAGGGGAAAGCAAUGCAGACCACUCAUAAGCCUGCUGAGGACUGGCUUGUCUUUUAUCUCUUUGGGAAAGAUGGGAAUCUCUUUUAAAGAAGAGAAGUGUACAUAAUUUAUGCAGGCAAGUGUAAUACCAAUGUCAUUGGUUUUGUGAGAUAUAUAUAUAUGUAUAUGUAUAUGCUUUUACAUAUAUAUGUAUAUUUUCAAGCAUAUAUGUGGUGUAUAUAUAUGUAUAUACAUAUAUACACCACAUAUAUGCUUGAAAAUAAAGAUAUAAGACUUUAGUGUUGUUUUUUUAAGUGGGGGGUUUGAGAAGGAAGGAAGGAAUGUAUAUUAUGGACUUAACUUAGGCUUUAAGUUUUAGGUUGGCAAAGGAAAUGUUUCUCAUUGGUUUGGAGGUUCAGUUUACUACAAACUUGAGAAUUACACCAGGAUGGCGUAUGCGUUGUUCACCUGGAGCUCCUGAAGACGACAGCUUCUGAACUAGGUCUGACAGAAAAGAUAAACAUUGCUCUUGAAAAUGUUAUACAGUUUAUAUAAUUCCUUUGGUAACUUUUUUUGUAUUUGAAUCUGUGCUUCUGUUUUUGGUUGUUGUUACCUAAAUACUGUUAAAGUUAGUAAUUUUGUAAGAGCAAAGAAAUGAAUUUGAUGAGAAAAUUCAAGCACCUGGUGGAGGAUUGGUCUUGAAGACCUUAAAUGUCCUUUUCAACUCACUUCUGUGAAAUGUGAUACUUUUUUCUUCCAAAAGCAACUUAGUGAGAGCUUGGAAAGUCUCUGUAUGCAACACAAUUGUAUUUUGUCUCCUCAUCUUGACUUUCUUAGACUUACAGUUUGAUAGGGCGAUUAAUAACUAUUUAAACCCAAAGGAAAUUUUUAAGAAAAUUACUGCAUUACUACAUUACUCGUUUAAAAUAAGACUUGUUGGAAAUCUUAGUCCAUCAAGUAAUUUGAAAAUACUGUUUUUGAUGUCAGUUGGUAGCCACAGCUGUCACACCUCAUCCCCAAAGGAAGAACUGAUCAACAAGAUGAAUUGAAAAUAUUGAUUCCAAAUGUAAUUUAAUGACAACAUAUCAUAAUUUCAUAAAACAUUAGCCUGUUUAGAUGGAAUUUUGUGUGUGUAUAGGGGGGUAUGUGUGUAUGGCAUGUGUUUUUGAAUUGAUGUUUCUUUGAAUAUCCAAAAAUACUGUACAUAAAAGUAGAAAUGCUCUUUGAAACGUCUUCAACUGACCUUGAUCAAUCUAGCAUGUGUGUGUUCAGUGGGCUGGCCUUGGUCCUCAGGGACAGUGUGUGACUCCAGUGUCUACCUAACUAGUCUCUUGCUUGGGACCUCUACUAAAAACUCAAACGGUGUGUUUUAGGGGCAAUGUUAAGUCGAGGUUAUAUUUCCUUUGUUACUUGAUUUUCCUACUAAACAUAGCAUUUCAAUUAGAGCCAACCUCUUGCGUUUUGAGAAAAUUGUAAAAAGAAUGAAAUUAUGCAGAAAUGGCCAAUAUCUUUUAUUAAUCUGUUCUUUUGGAAACUGUCAUGCACUAUAAAUUGUGUACAGUUAAAUAUAUAUAUAUAUAUAUAUUCUUACAUGAGUAAAAAGCAACCUCUCCAGCAAUCGUAUGUCAUUGGUAUUUGAAGAGAAUUCUUAAAUAACCCACUGCUGCUGCUGCUGCUGCUGCUGCUGUUUUUUGGUUUGUAUGGGUUUUUUGUUUUGUUUUUGUGUGGUAAAUUGCUAUUUAAAAAAGGAAAGGAGAAAAACACGACUACUGUUUACAGACUGAAAAAUUACUGCUUUUUAUACUACUGAGAAUCCUAAGUUAAAACUCUCCAAAGCAAACAUUUGGUUUAAAUCAUUUAUCUGAUGUGGAUUAAAGGUAGAUAAAUUUUUAGUGUUCUCGAAACAAUGAAAAAUGUACAAAUGCCUAGCUGUGUUGCCCAUCAAUUUUGUAUAUUUUCAUAAUUUUAAUUGUUCAAAUUGCAUUAUAUUUUGCAAUCACAAUGUUCAAUCUGGAUUUGUCUUUCAUUUUAACUUUUAAUAUAAAAAGGGGUUUCAAUGUAUCUAUGGCCUUGUUAUUGAAACUUCCUACUUAUUUGAUGUGAUUUAUUAAAAUGGGAAGUAUAUUCUUCCUUUUUCAGAAUUAAGCAUAGGAAAACUACUUUAAACUGGAUGGGUUAAUUUAUAUAAACAACUUUAAGUUGGCAUUUCUGCCUCGUUCAUUUUUGUUCAGAUUCCUAGAAGCUACCUUUUAUUAUUUUUGUCUACCUUUUAAAUGGUAUUAAUUCACCUCAAUUUUGUACUUAGUGUUACGUUCCUCAGCAAAAUUGUAAUAUUUGUGAAUUUAAAA